UCCCGAGCUGGCUGUGUUAGGCGGCCCGGUGGAGGAACAAACUUUGGGGCUGGAAAUGCAUGCGGUAGGUCAGGAGUAGGAAGCAGCUUUUCUUGUAAUCUUGGGGGCAUUACUUCUGGAGGAGGCUUCUUCAAUGGUGGAGGGUUGGGAAGUGGGAUCUACACUGGGUUUCUUGGAAAUGAGCAUGGUCUCCUCUCUGGGAAUGAAAAGGUGACCAUGCAGAACCUCAAUGCCCACCUGGCAUCCUACUUGGACCAUGUGCAAGCUCUGGAGGAAGCAAAUGCAGAUCUAGAGCAGAAGAUCAAGGGUUGGCAUGAGAAACACGGUCCUGGUUCUUGUCAGGGACUUGAUCAUGACUAUGGUAGAUAUUUCUCAGUCAUGGAAGAUCUUAAAAGGCAGAUUAUUUCUGCGACUAACUGUAACGCUAGCAUUGUUCUACAGAAUGACAAUGCCAGACUGACCGCUGAUGACUUCAGGCUGAAGUAUGAGAAUGAGCUUGCUCUGCACAAGAGCCUUGAAGCCGACAUCAACAGUCUUCACCGAGUGCUGGACGAACUGACCCUUUGUACAACGGAUCUGGAGAUACAGUGUGAAACACUCAGCGAGGAAUUAACACACCUCAGAAAUAAUCAUGAGGAGGAAAUGAAAGUCCUUCAGCGUACAGCGGGGGGAAAUGUGACUGUGGAAAUGAACGCAACCCCUGGAGUGGACCUGACUGUUGUGUUGGACAACAUGAGGGCCGAGUAUGAGGGGCUGGCUGAGCAGAACCGCAGAGACUCUGAGGUCCAGUUUAAUGAGAAGAGUGCAUCACUGCAAAAACAGAUUUCUGAUGACGCAGGAGCAGCCACGGCAGCCAGAAAUGAGUUGAUGGAACUGAAACGCAAUAUCCAAACCUUGGAAAUAGAACUUCAGUCCCUCAUGGCCAUGAAACAUUCCUAUGAGCGCUCCUUGGCCGAGACGGAAGGCAAUUACUGCCUUCAACUCCAGCAAACCCAGGCUCAGAUCCAGAUGCUGGAAGAACAGCUGCAGCAGAUUCGAACGGAAACAGAAGGCCAGAAGCUGGAGUCCGAGCAGCUUCUAGAUAUCCAAAUCUUCUUAGAAAAAGAAAUAGAAACUUACUGCAGAUUAAUAGACGGAAAAGAAAGGAAAUGUAAACCCACAUGUUACAAAUCAAAAGGAUGUGUGCCUAAAAGUCAUGGAAAUCGGGUGAAAGACUCAACAGAAGAAAUUGUUGUCAAAACACUCGUUGAAGAACUGGAUCAACUUGGCAAUGUCCUUUCGUUAAGGGUCCACGCAGUUGAAGAAAAAUCCUCUAAAAUAAGCAACAUUACAAUGGAGCAACAAGUACCUUCUAAAGCACCAUAA